CGAGAAUCAGGAUUGUAAAUUUAAAGGAUAUUGUUCUCGCACCGACGACGAAGAAUUGUGUUUAUACCGUUUGUCAAUUCGCAACUAAACUUCGGUCACUCCAACUCGUUGACCUAUAGCCAAAUCAGUGGUCUCCAGGAUGUCGUCGCUCCAGUACUAUGCCUACAAAGGCGUCGGCCAGCAAAACAAGGAGAAGUACCGCUACAGCCAGGCGGUAAGGGUUGGCGAUCGGAUCGAAUGCGCUGGCCAAGGUGGUUGGCACCCCGAGACCGGGGUCAUCAACACGGAGAUCAAUGCUCAAAUAGACCAAGCCUUUGCCAACGUGGACCUCAACCUCAAAGACGCGGGCGGGAAGGGCUGGUCUCAGGUCUUCCGCGUCAACUCGUACCAUGUGCCCCUCAACGACGAAGCGCUGGGCGCGAUGGUGCGCAACUUUGCCAAGUGGAUGCCGGACCAUCAGCCGAUCUGGACGUGUGUUGGUGUAACGCGGCUCGGCAUGGACGAUAUGCGGGUCGAGAUUGAAGUGGUGGCUCUGGAUAAGUAGGACGCCCACGGGCCUACACUUGCCUUCAGCAAAUAAAUAGGCAGCGUUACGUGCGGAUGGUGUUAUACUGUUCAAUGAACUGGGGCGAUUGUCGUGAUGCUAUUUAACCACCCACAUAAAACAUUUGGCAAGUGAAUUUCAGAACAAAGAGGGGCUGAAGGGGCAAUGUGCAUUGCUUGUCGUUAGCUCUCACGCAAAAACAUACUUGUUAGUCCACAAGCACCGAAAAUGAUUGUUGCGGUUGCAUUUUCUUCUUUGCGCUGUGCCGGCUAGUAAGAGUAGUCCAUAAGUAUGCCAAGAGGAUUGUUCUCUAUGGACAGG